UUAGUUUGCACUGACAUGGCUAAAUGCACCAAGGUCAGAAUCAUCAGUAAAUGCAGGACCCAUUACGGUGCCUCCCUCCAGAAAAUAGUGAAGAAAACUGACAUUAGCCAGCACGCCAAGUACACUGAUUCCUUCUAUGGCAAAACCAAGAUGAAGAGACGAGCCGUGGGCAUCUGGCACUGUGGUUCCUGCAUGAAAAUGGUAGCUGGUGGUGCCUGGACCUACAACACUUCUACCAUCACAGUAAAGUCUGCCAUCAGAAGACUGAAGGAAUUGAAGGACCAGUGGACGCGCCACCAUUUGAAACAUUGCUAGCUUAUAAUAAAGUGGUUAAUUUAUGUAACAACAACAACAAAAAAAAA